UUCUCCAUAGCACUUCAAAUACGGAUUCGCAGCUCGUCUUUUGUCUUUAGUCGCAUCCAACUUCCUACCGAAAAUGGAGGAAAUUUGUGAAGUCGCUGCUUUGUGUUUUCGCCUGUGUUUUGCCUGCAGCUAGCUAACUUAGUUUACUAAGAUAGCGUCCAGGGAAUUACUAACUUAUGCUAAACUUUGUGAAAUGCGAUACUUGACGGUUUAAUUAUUGAAUGGAGACCAUGGUGGUGUUACUAUUCCAUACAGAGUCUACCCGUCACUGAGGAACACUCUGCCAUGUUCUAGUGCAUUGUCUAGUCAAUGACCUCUAUGGUGGGAAAGGCUUGAAAACAACUUUGUUUCCACACACCAAAAGUACUUUACAGAAGAAUACCUGGAGGGAAGCGUCAGGAUAAAAAUCAAGAAACGAACAAACCACUGCACCUAAAAUUCAGAGGACCUAAGGGAAAGGAGAGGACAGGAGUGUGGAGAGGGGGAGUUGGGGAUGGGGUUGAAGAGCCAAAGGAGGACGUCAUGGUUCACAGCGGCUCUGCAUCCCCAAUGACAACAACUUCACCUCAUUUAACUGUUCCUGCUACAGCACCUCCUCUGCAAACGGCUCCUCCUCUAGUGCCUCCCCCUGGAGAUACUACAGAUCAGGACCUAACCCAGACCCCUGUCAAACUCCUCAACACAGACCUUACUUCCAACUCAGACUCAACCCAGCCCUCUACCCCAACGCCUGCUGAUCACAAGUCUCAUGUUGUAAUCCCAGCAGAAGCACUUACUACUUACCCAAGCCCAGCGUCCACCUGGUCCGCUACACAGACACCUACCGCUGCUCAUGGUCCAGUCAAUGGCCGUACGUCAGGCAGGAAGAGGACUCCUAAGGCCUGUGACUGCUGUGGCCCCAACAGUACAGGACAUGUCAGAACCUCGGGCAGAGGGAGGGGGAGAGGGAGAGGUAGAUGGAAGGGGGACGGUAGGGACCUCAGGGACACUCCAAAAAGGAAAGGGGAUGGCCAGCUGACACAAUUCAAGUGCUUUGAUUUGACCAAGGAUAUGAUGGAGGAAGCAGAGGAUGAAGAUGACACAUAUGAAAAGGUGCACACGACUGUAGUAGUGGCUGACACUCAGUCACAAACGCCUGUUGCUCUCCCUGUCGCAGUCUCCCUGCAGGAGGGACCAAUAAGGAACUAUGUUGCUCCGGCGAAAAGAGAUGCACAGAAAAAGGAGGACAUGUUGACCGGAGUGUCAGAGGGGAAUGGAGGUGAUGAUAGCAAGGAUGUGGAGAUGCUAUUGUCAGGAGUGGCAGGCAGGGGACCACCAGUAGUUGGAGGAAGAGGGGGGAGGGGAAGGCUGGGAGCUACCUUUGCAUCAAAAAUGGAAGUAGGAGGUGGAAUAAAGAGGGGAGGUUUAGGGGGUGUUGUCAUCUAUUCAAAAAUGGAUGCCCUAGCUCCAAUAGUGUUAGUGCAGAAGCAGGGGCAAAUAAAAGAUGCAGAGAUAGACCAUGGAGAGCAGAGUGACCCCAGCUCAGUUAAAUCUGCCUUUGGAAAUGGAGACACGGUAAACCUAAGUGACACUGAACCUGAAGAUGAGGCAAAGGACGGUAACAUGAUCACGAGUGAAAUUAAAAAUGGACUACUUUCUAUCUCUCAGCAGUCAGGUCCUGCUUCAAGGUCAGGAAGUCCCCAGGACCUGGACUCUGAGAUGCAGGUGGACAAGACUCCUGACAGAACAAACUCAGUGUCUGUACCACUAACUCUGUCCAACGGAAAAGUCACCGCACCAACAAAUGCUGGGCACUGCUCCACACUUAUGGAGGUGGAAACUUCUCCCCCAGCUUCGGUUACUCCUCCAUUCCAAGGGCCUAUUACAGUGCGCAGCAUGCAGCACAGCUGGGCAUUAAGAGACCACAGGCUGUACUGUCACUCUGAAACCUGGGAGAGGGAGGGGAUGGAAGAAGUGUGGGGCAGAGAGUCGGAAGAAACAAACGGACGAGAGAUGGAUGGAGAGAAGCAGAGUAAAGAAAGCCUGGAGCAGCUUACUGAUAUGAUCCACGAGUUUCUGGAGAGUUUCUACAUGAAGUACGGCAGUUUCAUUCCUCUCAGUGAGACGGAUGUCCUGGAACACCUGAAGAAGAAAGGCAAUGCUGACCUUAGCAACAGGGGACUGGACAUCAAAAGGGAGGUGACUCGGUAUCGGGCGGGGCUGGCCUCCGCUCCUAUUGCGGGCUUCAUGGUGUCGUAUAACAAACACACCCUGGGCCUGGAAGACCUUGGCACGCUGGAGGAACAGAACUGGCUUAAUGACCAGAUUAUCAACAUGUAUGGAGAACUCAUCAUGGAGGCGACACAACAAAAGGUUCAUUUUUUCAACAGCUUUUUCCACAAGCAGCUCGUUGCCAAGGGUUAUGAUGGUGUGAAGAGAUGGACUAAAAAAGUUGACCUGUUUUCCAAGUGGCUGCUGCUAUUUCCCAUCCAUUUAGAAAUCCACUGGUCUCUCAUCACGGUCACCAUGGCAACCAAAACCAUCAGUUACUACGACAGCCAAGGCAUCGUCUUCAGACACACCACAGAUAACAUUAUGAAGUACCUUCAGUCUGAAGCCAGAGAGAAGCAACAGACGGCUUUCCAGAAAGGCUGGAAGAUUACCAUCAUAAAGGGUAUUCCUCAGCAGAAAAACGACAGUGACUGUGGAGUUUUUGUCCUCGAGUACUGCCGUUGUCUCUCGGUGAAGCAGCCUCUGCUGUUCAGUCAGGAGGACAUGCCACGUAUCCGCAAGAGGAUCCACAAGGAGCUGUGUGACUGUCGCCUCAACGAUUGAAUGACUGAUAGAUGGUUGCUUUCGCUUCCUCACUGUUUGUCUGGUCACACGAGGCGGUCUGUCAGACGGCCUGUGUCACUGACUGUUACAUAAGCUAACACAGCUAUCUGUAUUCCAGGGAGCCCUCACUGCCACUCUGCCUGUUCGACUGGCAGUAGAGUGGCUGCUCAUCUGGACUUUUCAUGGAUUUUGAAGUUCAACAACAGUCUGUAGCUGAGCAGAUUUUUACUUGCAAAGAAAUACUGACGUGGCCCCCUACUGACCAACAGAAAUGCUGGACCCGUGCCCAUCAGGUUGUUUUUUGCGUUGUCAGUGUUUUACAUUUCCCAGUGGAUUUCAACCAAAUGGACACAGCGGAGUUCUGACUUGGAUUGGACCUGGACCAACGGGACGGACCCUCAUCCCAAAUGGAGUGGCCUUACCUCCCAGAUGGCCAUUUUAACAUGAAUUACAUUUUUAACUGUUUAUUUCCUGCUGGACUUUACGGCAGUAUCAUACUUAGUUAUAUGUGUGUGUGUGUGUGUGUGUGUUUUCUAACAUGUUUAAUACAUUUAAGUUAGUAUGUUUUGAUUCAGUGGACCAACAGUUCACUUAAAACUUGAAGGUUUGAGUUGGUUUUUGUUGGACUACACAUAUUUGCACGGUUAGAGGAUCCAUUGAAGAGUCUAUAAUACCAACUGAAUGUACUGAUCACAUAUUCUUCCUGGUUGCCUCGCAUGGUGGAGAGAUGGCACCAUACAGGCUAAUGGCACAUUUUGGCUUGAUACAGGGAUAUUAUUUUGCAAGGUUGUUUUUUGUUUAAAGUAUCAGGUUUGUGACACCUUAACUAAAAAUAAUUUAUUGUUAAAUUCCAGUUUUUCCACCACAUUAUUUCCCUGCUUUUUGUUUGUUUUGCAGUGAUCACAUCCUUGUGGUUUUGCACACUCAUUUCCCUGCCUUCAGCUAAAUGCCAUUGUUUGACUUUUUGAAUCCAUCAAUUUGAGUUGAAAGCAGUUUCUCUUGCUGGUUAGUAAAGCUGUACAGCUAGCUGCUGAUGUGAUCUUUUUCUUUUUAGCCAAGGAGUAUCUCAUGAGGCCUCCUGCUUCACAUGGACACAUUAACACAGGUGCAGAAAGUCCUCAGAGUGGCCUCUUAACAGAGAAAAAAAGUGGACCUCAGCUAUUUUGAUUAAAUCUUCUUUCCAACCAAUUUUUGUUGUUAUAUUCAGUUGUAUGUAUUUACAGAUUGUAUUGUACUUCUACUGGUCUACUACUGUACAUGCUUGCUUUGGCUAAAACCCACAACUGUUUCUGGACUGUUUUUAUUGUUGAUAUUAAAAGGCCAAUACUGCUGGAAA